AUGUUUGAUGGUGAAAAAGGAAAGCUUAAACUCAGUGUGCUUAAUGAAUUGAGGUUGGACGCUUAUGAGAAUUCUAAACUCUACAAGGAAAUAACAAAGAACUGGCAUGAUAAACACAUAACUAGAAGGGAAUUCAAAGAGAGUGACUACGUGUUACUUUUCAAUUCACGAUUUAAGUUGUUUCCGAGCAAACUUCGUUCAAGGUGGUCAUGGCCAUUUCAAAUCCACAAGAUGUUCUCGUUUGGAGCAGUAGAUAUCUUGAGUGAGGCCACUAGAGUUUUUAUUGUGAGUAGUCAAAGGUUGAAGCAUUAUGUAAUUGGGAAUCCUGUAGAGAAAAUGGUAAAUCUUAUCCUUCGAUUUCCAACUUAA